AGAAAGACAUGUGGCUUGCUCAAUGUACUUAUGCACAGCUCAUCAUGGAAGUUCGAGCACAACACUCGUCAUUUUUUGUUAUCAAGAGCACUCAUUGUUCCAUACAACCCACCACCCACGAAAUUAUGCAGUCCACACAAUGGCUCAUGCGGCAGCCAUGGCCCUCGGCUCUUCGUCCGCUGACUGACUGCUCCUCUCCGAUUCGACGAAGCUCUUGCUUCGCGAACGCCUGCUUCCCCUUUCUCUCUUUCUCACGACAGGCGGCCCCACCAUAGAUGCCAGCGCCGCAGGAGAAGUGACAGCCCCCGAGGACAGACUGCGCCCGACGGGAGAGGGGCACUUGCCGAUAGCCCCCUCACUGUUUCCUUCUGCAGCUGUCUCAGCGCUCUUUUCCUCUACUGGCAGGGAAGGAGAGCUGUCAGGGGGAACAGGUAUGGGUGAAGCCAGUAGAUGUGUGGGGCGGACUCGUGGUCGAGCGACACACAAUGCCAGCGGGCCCAGAAGCCGUCCGAACCAUGUCUGCUCCCCCGGAUCAUGUGUCUGUGGGAGACACAAAGGAACGAAGAUAAGCGCGUCGAGUUCCAUCCCAUCUGUGUGGUCUCACCUGCUGGCUGGCCUCACUCACAGCAAUCGACCGCUGGCUGUCGGGCGUGUGGGGGUAGGAGGGGCAACUACCGGCCAGGGGAGAGGGCGUAUGUGGCUCCGACGGAUAAUCGAGCUCAACGCCCGUCUCCAGGACAAUGAUGCCUCGCGGCCGCCGAAGGGCCUCCAGUUCCUGCUGCAGAUCGUUGACCUGCUGCUGCAGCCAAGCCUUCUCACUCGACUCGUCAGCUUUUCUGCAGGACAGCGCACUGUAUUCCAUUCACGUGACCCUUGGUAUCGCUCGCUUACAUGAUCUUGUCAUGUUUGGCGCUGGCCUCCCGACAUUCACCCGUCUGAUGAGCUGAGAUGGCUGCGUGAGGAGAAGGGAAACUGGCAUCAUCACUGUCACAAGCCCAGGUGGGCUGGCGCUGCACCGGCAGGGUGUGUGCUGCUUGGCAGGGAGGAAGUGAGCCACUAUCGUCACAAAUGCCGGUGGAUUGGUGGAGCAUGGCAGGGGAAGUCGGGGAGCAACCAGGAGAUGCCAUUCUGGCCCUCUUCUUAGCUGGCACGCCCUUU